ACAGUAUGUAGCUAUCGGGUAACAUCUAAUCAUCUUAUCUAAUCGGUUUCAUUUAUAUUCUAAUUAGACAUUUCCCCUCGGAAAAAAGUUGCAGAAUGUCCGAAAUAAAGGAAUUUGAAAGUGUCGAUAGCGCUUUGAAACAACUGCCAAAAGAAGAUUAUGAUAGGGUCAAGAAAAUUCUAUACGGAAGUGAAACACAUGACAUUGAAGUAUCAGAAGAAUCCCGAGAAUUAGCAUCAAAAUACAACAUCGAACUAGUUACUUGUGGCUUCAAUUGCAGAGAUGAACAACUCAGAAGUCCCAAAGUUGUUAGAAUCGGACUGUUCCAACACAAGUUGGUUCCUUUCCCAACUUCGACACCUAUACAAGAAAUGAAAUAUGCUCUCUUUAAAUUUGCGAACAAAGCUAUUAGAAUAGCUGCAAGAGGAGGAGUAAACAUAUUUUGUUUUCCAGAGACUUGGAAUAUGCCGUAUGCAUUCUGUACCCGAGAGAAAACCCCUUGGUGUGAAUAUGCCGAAAAUGCACAAUUUGGACCUACUACUAAAAUGUUACAAGAGCUGGCUGUUAUACACAACAUGGUAAUAAUAUCACCAAUUUUGGAACGCGACGAGAUUCAUAGCGAUUCUAUUUGGAAUACAGCUGUCGUUAUCGAUAAUCAUGGUGAUUAUUUAGGAAAACAACGAAAAAAUCAUAUUCCACGGUCUGGAGAUAUAAACGAAGCAAUUUAUUGUACCGAAGGAAACUCAGGUCAUCCUGUGUUUGAGACUGAAUUUGGAAAAAUUGGUAUUUCGUUUAGCUGUCAUCAUCCACUAAAUUCAUUGAUAUUUGGAGUUAAUGGAGCAGAAAUAGUUUUUAAUCCAUCAGCUGCCGGUGGAUCUGGUACUGAACCUCUUUGGUCCAUCGAACCAAGAAGUGCCGCCAUAGCCAACGGAUAUUUUACUUGUGCUGUAAACCGAGUAGGUACCGAAGUGUUUGAGAAUGAUUUUACUACCGGAGACGGGAAAUCCCCUCAUCGAGAAAGUGAUUACUAUUUCGGAUCAAGUUAUGUUACUGCACCAAAUGGUACCAGGUCUCCUGGACUAUCCAGAACUAAGAACGGCAUCCUUAUUGCUGAAAUGGAUUUAAAUCUCUGUCGACAAGUAAAGGACCAAUGGGGAUUUCAGAUGUCACAAAGGUUAGAUCUUUAUGCCGAUCUACUAAAUCGGGCUACUAGAUCUGAUUUUGCUCCUCAGAUUGUAAGAAAAUCUUGCAAACAGCAACUGUAAUUCUGUGUUCUUAAAUAAAGUUUAUUGGUGCC